CGAAAGGUGAAAAGGAAAUAAUAUUGCAUGGCUUAGGAGCCGCUAUUCAACGUUGUUGCAACUUAGCCCUGCAGUUGGAGAUAUUAUUCUCAGGCACAUGUCAGAUUGAAGUUAACACUGGUACUGUGGACGUGGUUGAUGACUUGGAGCCACUAACUGACGACUUGGAUUAUGGUGCUCAAGUGAGGCAUUCCUCUUCCAUUCACAUCCGUGUGUUCAGAACUGCAAUGCUCGGAGCCAACCAGUAGUCAACAUGUUUUUCACACUCAAUGAGAUUGUGCAGUGGAUAGGACUGACAGUGUUCGAGAUAUGGAUAAACUUGAUAACAAUCACAAUAUUCUCAGUGUUGCUAGCCUUAAAGAUUGAUGGUAUAGUGAACAGUCCUUGGUGGACCAUAUUUGCCCCACUGUUUGUUAGUGAUGCAAUGAAUGCAUACUUUUGUUGCAUAGUUUGUAUAAGAAUGAAUUUAGAAAGUUCAUACAAGGCUUCAUUGUACAGAGCAUCUUGGAGUGCAAUAUUUCUGGGACUAACAUUUGUAUUUAAAUUUCUCUUGUGUAGGAAGUUGCAAGGUGACUCUGCCAUAGAGUAUAGUGAAGUGUUCGCUCCUUUGUUUAUUUUGUUACAGUUAAUAGCUGUAAGAGCAUGUCAACUCCAUCAGUAACAACUACUUUAAUUAAAAAUGUUUAUAACUUUUCAUUAAAAUAAACAGUAAGUUGUAUAUCAAUAAGUAAUUUUUAUUUUGUAGCAUUAUAAUAAUCAUGUAAUGUUAAUAUUGACCAAUGGCAUGAAUAUAAUAGUAUAAUGACUACAGAUUCAGCCUACAUUUAAACUAAUUUUACAUGUUUUUAUUGUAAUUUUGUUAAGGAACAAAGUAAUAAAAUUAGAUAAGAGAUUUGAAAACUUAAUAACAUAGCAGUUGCGUGAUCUGUUAGAUGUCAUUUAAUUAAACAUAUUAAAUAGUC